AUGCCCAUUUUACCGACUACCUCACCACGUUCUUCAUUUCACUCUGAUAGUCAACAUAAAAGAAGACGAUCAACUUAUUGGUCGGCUUCCAUCCCUUUGUUUUUACGACGUUUAUUUAGAUUUCCACAAAUGGAUUUUGAAUUUGCAUUAUGGCAAAUGCUUUAUUUAUGUAUAGCUCCAAGAAGAGUAUAUCGAAAUAUUUAUUAUCAUAAACGUAAGAACGUUAAAAUUAUUCAAGAAUCCGAUUUGAUCUAUUUUAUUAAAAUAUUUGAUUUUAAAUUAUUAGAAACUAAAAAUCAAUGGGCAAGGGAUGACCCAGCUUUUGUUGUGAUAUUAUCAUUUUUCUUGGGGGUAUCAGCGAUUGCAUGGGGAUUAGUAUAUGGACAUGGGCUGAUAGGGAUUCUUAAAAUGAGUUUAUUUAUGGUAUUUGUAGAUUUUGUAGUAGUUGGGAUGAUAAUCUCUACAAUUUGUUGGGUAUUUGCGAAUAGAUUUUUAACACAUAGACAUACAAUUCAUGCAGUUGAGCAAACAGUAGAAUGGGCCUAUGCAUUUGAUGUACAUUGUAAUUCAUUUUUUCCUUUAUUCCUAAUAUUAUACGUAGCUCAAUUUUUUUUAAUGAGAGUUUUGAUAAAAGAUAUUUGGAUUUGCUUAUUUCUUGGAAAUACGAUGUAUUUAAUUGCAAUAGGGUAUUAUUGUUAUAUUACUUUCUUAGGUUAUAAUGCAUUACCAUUCCUUUUACAUACUGAAAUGUUUUUAUAUCCAGUUGCUUUAUUCUUAAUUGUCUAUGUUAUCUCAUUAUUUGGUUUUCAUAUUAGUGCUAAUGUAUUACAAUUAUAUUUCGGUAGGUGA